GAUUUUGUUACUAUUUAUUUUACACAUUUAUGAUCAUUUAAAAGUGCGUGAAACGAUAAAAUAUCAACUGUCACUGUCAGGCGUCAGCGCAACUUCCGACUCCCGGUCAAAUUUCAACUGAAUGCUUGUUAGUUUACUAACGAUUUAUUUAACGAACGUUGUUCUAAAGUUGUAUGAACUCGCGUGGUGAUCUCUUCAAUGGCCAAGUGCAAAUUUGGUGCAGUUGUAAAAUAAUGUUAUCUUAGUUGUAAACAGAGAUAUCUUAACGGGCAUUAACAUGUCGCUCGAAGAAGCCCGAGUGAAGGAAGAGGAAAUAAGUGUUAAAAAGGAGCCAGAUUGGGACGCCCAAAUACUUAUGGACUGUAAAAAGGAGUUCUCGCUCGAAGACGAGAGUGUGAGAGCGUGUGUGGAACUAUAUGUUGACCACCUGGUAAAAAAUGAGCUCGUGCUUGGUCCGGAGUUGUUUCAACGGGCCGACAGUGCCUACGCAGCCGCAAAUGUCCUUGAUCCGUCUCUGUUGAAAACUUGCAAGCAGGAACCAGGCUUCAAGUCUAAAUGCAACCAGAUGCAACCACAGCUUCGGGACUGUUUUGUGAGACUUGAGCGGCUCCCAACCUCAAAAAUUAAGCUGGCCAGACACAAGCAUGCUCAUGCAAAUCAUGACAGUAACUCAAGAAUAAAAUAUAACCAAAACAAACCUGCAGUUAGUAAGACUUAUAAUUGCAAGACUUGUGGAGAAGAAUUCUCAGUAAAAAGUUUAUUUAUCCAACACUUAAGACAACACAGACCAUGUAAGUGCCAAGUAUGUUAUAUUACAUUUUCGGACCAAACACCUUUAAGAAGGCAUUCAUUGUUACAUAUUGUUGAAAAGGGAAGCAAAAGUUGCAGUAACUGUAAUGAAGAAUUUGCAUCACGAUCAGCAUUAAUCAAGCACAUUCGGAAACAUUUGGAAGAAACAACUUGCCAAAUAUGUAACAAGAAGUUUUCAAGCACAUAUACACUGGAUGAACAUAAGCUUAUACACACCGGUGGGAUACCAUACAUCUGUGAUAUAUGUGGACAGUGUUUCACAUACAAAUCUUCCUUGGUUGUUCACAUACAAAUGCAUGAUGGAUCAAGAGAAAAAAAAAUCUCAUGUGAUGUAUGUAACAAACAGUUUCCUUAUGAGGCACCUCUGCUUGCUCAUAAAAGGUCUCAUACUGGAGAAAAACCAUUCCCCUGUGAAAUAUGUGGAAGAAAAUUCAGUGCUACCAACAAUUUGAAGAAACACAAACUUACUCAUACAGCUAAUGUGGAGGAGCGACGUUUUUCGUGUGAUUUAUGUAAAAAGAUGUUCAUUCGUAAAGAUAAUCUAACUAAGCACAAACGGAUUCACACAGGAGAAAAGCCUUUUGCGUGCGAAAUUUGUGAUUCUCAGUAA